CUUCCCAGCGACCCGUUUGACAGGGCGGGGCGCCUCGUGAAGAUGGUGGCGCGCGCGGCGUGUGGCUCCCGUCGUCUUCCCAAGUCUCGGCUCCGUGCAUCGGCCAGCGUUUCGCUGGUUUGGAGUCCUCGCCCGCCGGGUCCCUGACCCCGCGCCCCCUCUCCUGUUCUCCCCGCCCCCCCCGGUUCCCGGCAUGCCCCGCGCUCGUAAGGGCAACGCGCUCCGCAAGGGCGGCCAGCGCCGUGGAGGUGGUGAGUCUCGGGGCUCAGGUGCCCGAAGCAAUGCUCAAGCUGACUCAGGCUCCAGUGAGGAUGAAGCAGCCAGUGAGGCCCGCAGUACCACAAGUGAAUGCCCCAGCCUUCUCAGCACCACUGCAGAGGACAGCCUGGGUGGGGAAGCUGUGGAUGAGCAGGAAGACCUAGAAGAAAAACUGAAGGAAUAUGUGGACUCCCUCACUGACAAGAGUGCCAAGACCCGGCAAGGAGCUCUGGAGAGCCUGCGCCUGGCCCUGGCCUCUCGCCUGCUUCCAGACUUCUUGCUGGAGCGCAGCCUCACUCUGGCCGAUGCCCUGGAAAAGUGCCUUAAGAAAGGGAAGGGCGAAGAACAGGCCUUGGCUGCUGCUGUGCUAGGCCUGCUUUGUGUGCAGCUGGGCCCUGGACCCAAGGGUGAGGAGCUGUUCCAUAAUCUGAAGCCCCUGCUAGUCUCGGUGCUCAGUGACAGCACAGCAAGUCCUGCUGCCCGGCUCCAUUGCGCUUCUGCUCUUGGCUUGGGCUGCUAUGUGGCUGCCACUGAUGUCCAGGACCUGGUCUCCUGCCUGGCCUGCUUGGAAGGUGUUUUCACUUGGUCCUGUGGCACCAGUGGCUCCACUGCUACUCUGGUCCCUGCCAGUCCACAUGGUCUGCUCUGUGCUGCCCUGCAGGCCUGGGCAUUGCUGCUCACCAUCUGUCCCAGCACCCAAAUCAACCAUAUCCUUGACAGGCAGCUGCCCCGACUGCCCCAGCUCUUGUCCAGUGAAAGUGUGAACCUGCGGAUUGCUGCUGGUGAAGCCAUUGCACUGCUCUUUGAGCUCGCCCGGGACCUUGAGGAGGACUUUGUUUAUGAGGACAUGGAGGCCCUCUGUGAUGCCCUCCGUACUCUGGCCACUGACAGCAACAAGUACCGUGCCAAGGCUGAUCGUCGACGUCAACGCUCCAUAUUCCGCGCUGUGUUGCACUUUGUUGAGGGCGGUGACUGCGAAGAGGAGACAAUCCGCUUCGGGCUAGAAGUGCUCUAUGUGGACAGCUGGGCUCGCCACCGCAUCUACGCAGCCUUCAAGGAUGUGCUGGGCUCAGGCAUGCACCACCACCUCCAGAACAAUGAGCUUCUCCGUGACAUCUUUGGCCUGGGCCCUGUACUGGUGCUGGAUGCCGCUGCCCUGAAAGCCUGCAAAAUUUCACGUUUUGAGAAGCACCUAUAUAACGCUGCCGCCUUCAAAGCCCGGACUAAAGCUCGAAGUCGUGCGAGGGACAAAAGGACAGAUAUUCUAUGAAGCACACUGGCCCAAGAGAAGGCUAUCUACACCCUUGCCAUAUUUUUAACAGAAGACAGUACAAGAACUGGUCUGUGCCAGUGAUUGUUGCUUUAUUUUUUUAAUGAUAAAACCAAAAAUAGACACUGGGAGAGUCUGGAGAGAGGAGUCAGCAUCCUUAGGACCCUGGCCCUGUGUGUCUGCAACUCAGCCCUGUGGCUAUGGCCUCUUCCUGUUCUGUCUCAGGUGAAGCCAAAUGUGUGCCUAUCCAGAGCUCAGGGGCAGGUGAGAGAGGGCUGUUCCUUUCCUUUUUAGACCUUGCUCCCUUAGGGUGACUUCCUUUGGGGAUCUGGUGUCUAGACACAUGCCACUAUAGCACGUGGAGAGGCAAACCUGCCUAGAGUGGAUGUGUGUGCUGAUUAAUUUUAAAGAUUAAAAGAGAAUUAAACAGAGUACUCAACCUCCUGA